AUGAGCGCGUUGAAUGGAAAGGGCAGUGGCCCGUCUCCAUCAAGCGGAAGCGCUGCGUCUGCCACGUCGUCUGCGUCUCCUGCGUCCAGUAUGCAGCCGACACUCAAAGUCAUGCGGCUGUACAAACCACAUCUGUUUGUCCAGGGCGUCACUGGGGGCGCCAUGUUGCCCACGACAAUGUCGGAAGCUACGGCCACACAGCACGAGUUUGCAGUGUCGAGUAUGCUCAUCUUGCCCGACAGUUUUGGAGAGAUCUUCUUAGGCAACACCUUUAGUAGCUACAUCAGUGUCAUUAACCCGUACUCGUGCGAGCUGCGAGACGUCAGGCUGUCGGCCAAUAUCCAGUGUGCCAAUGAUCGGGUCGAGCUGCACGAUAAUCGCUUUGCGCGGGUCGGAAAGAUGCCUCCCAUGAACCCUGUACCGGCGCUUCCUGCUGGUGGUAGUCUGGAUAUGGUGGUGGAUUAUCCGCUAAAUCAAGUAGGGAAUCACGUGCUGCGUGUGAGUGUGGCGUAUGUGGACCCGGUGACAGGCGACAAGAAGUCGCUGCGCAAAUUUUACCGCUUUGGUGUGCAAAACCCGAUGGUGAUGACGUUCAAGCAAGGUCUGAUGUCAACGCGUCGACAGCACGGGGAGGUGGUCGUCGAGGCGCAGAUCCGCAAUGUGUGCAAACUCCCGCUGUUUGUCGACAGUAUCAAGUUUUUGCCACUACUACCAUUCAAACUAGCUGACGAAAUACAAGGGGCUAGGAGUACGAUCAAAAAGGAGAUCGACAAGACAUUGAUUGAAGAUCUGUUGUCGCUAGACAACGAACAGCAGACACUUGUUUAUCCUCAAGAAGAAGUGCAGCGCGUGUUUCGCAUCACGUGCGAUCCUACAUCGUAUCCUGCGCUGCAAACGACUCAGGGUUCGCAAAAUCUCGGCCGACUCCAUGUGGGGUGGAAAACAUCAAUGGGGGAAGCAGGAUCGGUGCAAAGUCCACCGGUGAUGCGGGACAUUGCCGAGACUGUUGGCCAACCCACGGCAGACGCUGGCGAUGUCGUUGUAUCCGUAGAAGAAAUCCCUAGCAAAGUGGUGGUCGGGCAACCGUUUUUAGUGGCAAUAUCAGUGACCAACAAAUCGCUUCAGCGUCUAGCACUCCAGUUGCAGUUUCGCAAAGAAGUGAUGCAUGGCAUUGUUUGCUCAUCUGCAUCUCACCAGAAUAUCGGCGUUAUGGAAGCCAAGACGACGCAAACAGUUUGGGUCGAAUUUCUCGGUAUUGUUGGCGGUUUCCAUGUCAUAGCUGCUCCAGUUUGUCUCGACAUCCAAUCACGGCAAGAGUUUACCCAAACGGCCAUUCUAGCCCAUGUACUAGUCGCACCGGCUCCAACUUCCUCGUGA